AUGUUAAUUGGCAAUGUACCGGAUGAAGAACAAGAUAUUAUAGGAUGCCAAGAUCUAGUUGAACCUGUACCAAGUACUUUAACAUUUAAAGUUCCUCCGUUAGGAAUAGAUCCGAAGGAUUUUGUGGAAAAACAUUUUGGAAAAAAUUCUGAUGCGAAGAAUCUUCAAUUCCGAAAGGGAACUACGACGCUGGCCUUUAUUUAUGAACCAGAAACGCCGAAUGAUCAAGGUGCCUCCAAAGAUGUCAUGAAAAUUUUGGAUGUCGGAGAUCGUAUGGUGGCUACAAUGGCUGGCGGGGCAGCUGACUGUCAAUUCUGGACCCGGAUUGUGGCUAAAUAUUGCGCUUUAUUCGAGCUGCGUGAAAAAUCGGAAAUUACUGUUGCUGCUGCAAGCAAGUACUUCUCUAACGUUCUUUAUACAUAUCGUAACAGCGGUCUGAUGGUG